AGAGAAUCAAGUGGAGAGACUACGAUUCACUUGCAUCGUUUGAUAAGAAGAUUUAUCAGGGAAAAGACUAAAGCUAUGGACUUGGCUCUUCAUUUUCCUUCGUUUAUCAAACAAGGAUUCAGGAGAGUCAGUCACGUUCCUGUUCGAGAUUCUCUUUCGCCGAGGUCUGGUGAUAGAAGAAGCUUGAUUGGAGAAAAGGCUUGGUCUUCCUCUCUGACUAGAUCCAAGAAAGGAUAUGUUUUUUGUUGCAAGAAUCCGUCUGAUGAAGAACAGAGCUCAGGCCCACCGAGUAAAUCCAAACAAGAGGAGAUCAUUUCUCUCCUCAGUCGGAUUCAAGCUUCCAUCUCCAAAGGAGAAUCUCAGGGAGCUGAAGAGAAGAACGGACAUGCGUCCUAUGGAGAUGAGUCGCUGAGUAAAGCUAUUCUUGACGUUCUUGAGAAACCAAGAACAAAAACUGAGGGAGAUGCUGGUGUAAGGAAAGAGCCGUCAAAGAGACAAGUAGCUCGGCCACCGUCUAGUUUUGCCAAGAGAUCUUCCACGAGACCAUCUGCUUCAGAUCCAAGAGGUAAGCUUCCAAUAACAAAGAGCAGUAAAGCUUUGGAAGAUGCAGAAAAGGAAGAGAAUCCUCCAUUGAUUGAAACUAUGAAACUUGCAGAGCUUAAAGAAGUUGCAAAGAACAGAGGACUCAAAGGAUACUCAAAGCUAAAGAAGAGUGAGAUUCUAGACCUAAUCAGAUCGUCCUGAUUUUUAUUCUCUGUCCACAUUCUAGACCUAAUCAGAGACACAGUUAUGUUCUGGAGUUGUUUAAAGUAGAUAAGAGUUUAAAAUUGAUAACGAUAACCUCCAAAAACUUGUUCAUAUCUCGAGAAUACUUAAGGAUUCUACC